AUGGCUUCACAGGUCGAAGAACUCAAAGCAAAAGCAAAUACUGCUUUUUCAUCAGGAAAAAAUGACGAAGCAAUUAGUUUAUAUUCUCAAGCAAUAGCACUCGAUGAUAAAAAUCAUGUGCUCUAUAGCAACCGAUCAGCUGCAUAUGCAAAAUCGAAUAAAUACGAAGAAGCAUUACAAGAUGCUGAAAAAUGUAUUUCCGUCAAACCGGAUUUUGUCAAAGGCUAUUCACGGAAAGGUGCCGCUUUGUCAUUUCUUAAACGAUUCGAUGAAGCGAUCACAGUUUAUGAAGAAGGCCUCAAGAUCGAUCCUAAUAAUCAACAAUUAUUAACUGAUCUUGAAACAGCGCGAAAAGAUGCAAAUGGACCUUCGGCUGGUGGAUUGAAUUUUUUCAGUGAUCCACAAUUUUUAACACAACUGAUGACUAAUCCAAGGGCACGAGAACUUUUGAAAGAUCCCGAAACAGCUAUGCUGAUGAAAAUGAUGCAACAAAAUCCAAAUAAUCCAUCACUUUUAAGCAAUCCAAAAAUAAUGAAAUUACUUGGUAUUGUACUUGGUUUUGAGCUUGGAGACGAGAAUGAUCUCAAUUCAAAGAUGGAUACAGAAAAUGGCGGAAAUUCAGCGAAAAAGGAGCCAAAUACUUCAACAUCGAAACCUACCACAAGUAAACCAAAUGAACAACCGAAAGCGGCAGCAACUGAAAAAAAUACAGCCGAAUCAGAAAAAGAAAAAGGAAAUGAAGCAUACAAAAAGAAAGAUUUUGAAGCAGCAUUGAAUCAUUAUAAUAAAGCAACAGAACUCGAUCCAGUUAAUAUGACUUAUUAUACAAAUAGAGCCGCUGUCUAUUUUGAACAAAAACAAUGGGAUGCUUGUGUCAAAGAAUGUGAAAAAGCAAUCGAGGUUGGACGUGAGAACAAAGCAGAUUAUAAAUUAAUUGCAAAAGCAUAUGCUCGUAUCGGUAAUGUUAAAACUCAAGAAAAAGAUUAUGAAGCUGCUGUAAAAUUCUAUAAUCAUUCACUAUCGGAACAUCGGAAUCCAGAUAUAUUAAAGAAAAAACAAGAAAUCGAAAAAAUCUUCAAAGAACAAGAACAAUUAGCGUAUAUCAAUCCUGAAUUAGCUGAAGAAGAAAAAAACAAGGGUAAUGAAUUUUUCCAAAAAGCAGAUUAUCCAACCGCACUUAAACAUUACACCGAAGCUAUUAAGCGAAAUCCUAAUGAUGCUAAACUUUAUUCAAAUCGAGCAGCUUGCUAUACAAAAUUAAUGGAAUUUCGAUUAGCCAUGAAGGAUAGUGAAGAAGGCAUUAGACUUGAUCCAAAUUUUAUUAAAUGUUAUCUACGCAAGGGCCACGCUUUAUUGGCUAUGAAAGAUCUAGGUCAAGCUAUGGCUACUUUUGGUAAAGCUCUUGAAAUUGAUCCAAAUUGUCAAGAAGCUAUCGAGGGUUAUCGACAAUGUUCAUUGAAAUCAAGUGAUGAUCCUGAAGAAGUUCGUAAACGAGCCACUAAUGAUCCGGAAAUUCAACAAAUUCUUGGUGAUCCUGGUAUGCGUUUAAUUCUUGAACAAAUGCAAAAUGAGCCCCAAGCACUACGAGAUCAUUUACGAAAUCCUGCCAUCGCCCAAAAAAUUCAAAAAUUAAUCGAUGCUGGUAUUAUUGGUAUUCGUCAAGGUUAA